AUGUCGGUUUUGCUGGGUGAAAUUGCCGGAAACCUGACUGUGCAAGAGAUGGAUCAGAAACCCUCCAUACUAGCAGCCCUUCAAGGGUCAAGCUUGUUAGCAAAGACUCGUCACCAGAUCAACCGAGUGAGCCGGGCAGAGUUGGCUGACAAUUUUUUACGGCUUCGUGAUGAGCAUUUGGUGCUCAAAGAGCUCACUCAAAAGCAAGAGAACAAGAUCAAAAGGAUGGGCACCAAACUCUCAAAACUGAGUCAUGAUAGAGCACAGGAAAGCCGGAACAGGAGACCCGGAAGUUUCAUUCAAAACCCGGUGCGGAACCUGGACUUGGAAGAGGGCCUGGAAGAGAUGCAGGGACGGGUUUGGGAUCUGGAACGUCUCAACCAGCGUUUGAGGAGCCACCUGCUCUUCUACAAGCAGCAGCUACAACUGCAGGGCUGCAGCCAUCACUGUCCCUAUGGCCACAUCGCAGCCAAAGUCAACACGGGCGUUCGUCGGCCGCAUACCUCUCCCAGACAAGGGCCCAAGAAGACACACAAAGAGAUGCAGAUAUCAAGAAUGACAGUCAGGCCAAUCUCUCCCAGAUAUGCUGAUGACGUUCUGGAAAGAUCCCAGGCAGAAACCGAAAAGCUGACCCACAGUCUUGUGCUGGCUGAGUUAGACAAGGAAAAUGAAUUGCUGAGUUUCACACCUGAUAAAGAAAUUGAUCUGGAAUACAUUCACACUCAGAAAAGCUAUCUAAACAUGCAGGAAUACCGGAAGAACUCACUGAUCGAUAGCAACGUGUUCCUGUCACUCAACAGAGCUGCCAUCCAGAAGAACGUGGAGCUGAUUCGGCUGCAGAAGCUGUUAUGGGAGAAGAAUUCAGAGCUGGUGAUCUCCAAAGCUCAGAUUACUGUCUUGCAUGAGAGCCAAGAUUCCUUGAGGUCAGCCAGCACAGCCUUGCUGGCUCAGCUGGAUGAUCUGAAUGCCAACCUCAAGGAGAAGACUCAGAAGGUGACCAUGCUGGAAAGCCAACUGGAAAUCCUUUCACCCUUGCGGGGAACGCUGGACGAGUUCCAGGAGAGAAUCCAAGAUCUGGAAGCAGAACGAGAUUCGUUGAAGGUGGAUUAUGACCGACUGUUGGACAGUUACAUCAAUGCUCCACCACAAAAUCUGGACCAGGUGCCCCAAAAGGACAAUGGUUCAUCUUUGGAAGAUCAACUCAACUCAGCCUUGGCAGACAAGGAGAUUCUAGAGGAACAACUAAAAAAAGAGAAAGCUCAGAAUGACGCUCUGAAACAGGAAGUCGACUCUUUUCAGGGGCGGGUGGUCAUCUUGGAAAGCCAAGCGCGGGAGGAAACGCCUCAGUCCAACCCAACUCAACCCAGCCCAACCCAACCCAACUCAACAACUCAGAGCCUUCCAGUAGACAUUCCAGAAAGAGACCAGGAAAAGAUGGAAAUCUUCAUCCAGGACAGCCUAAAGCGACAACUUCACGAGGCCGAGGCUGCACAUGCGGAGACGGUGUUUGAACUGGAGAAGACACGCAACAUGGUCAUUUUGCAGCACCGCAUCAAUCGGGAUUAUCAGGUGGAGCUGGAGAAGGUGCUCACGCAGUCCAGACUGGACAAACAGGAACACGAGGAGCAGCAAAAGCAGAUGGACCAACUUCUGGACCUGCGCAACGCCCGUAUACACCAGCUAGAAGAGAAGUUGAAGGGCGUGGCAUACGGAACAAGAGCUGUCCGACUUCGGCCACCUGAUAGUGACGUUGACGAUGAAGGAGUCCCUAGCAAAGUUCUGAGAUUGCAACAUGGCGAGAAUCUCUUCGAGUUGCACAUCUCAGGGGCAAUUCUGUCGGCCGAGGCCAUCCAACUUCUGGGAGACCCCGAACCCCUCACCUUUUGCACCUAUGCCUUCUAUGACUUCGAGACCCACUGCACGCCUCUGGCCAGCGGCGUCCGGCCCCACUACGACUUCACUUCCCAAUACGUGGUCCGGGUUGACCCCUUCUUCAUGCAAUACUUGCAAGGGGCCACUUCUCGCCUGGAUCUCCACCUGGCCUCUGCUGUCGACCACACCACCCUGGCCUCCUGCUGGUUGCAUUUCGGCCAAGUGCUGAACAGGAGAGAGCAAGUUCGUUGCACGGCAGUCUUGCGUGGUCCCAAAGGCGAGGAUUAUGGCUGUUUGGAAUACGGGUUGAAACUUCACUUUCCGUUCAAACAGAUUUCGCAGCUGCCCCACCCGCAAAGUCAAACACUGACCCAUCUCUCUGCUGGAGCAGGAACUCCGGCUGUAGCCCCACAGAGCUGGCAACUGCAAGGCGACAGAAAGAUCGAAGCCGGAAGCCGGAAUGAGCUAUACAUCCAGAUCAAGAGCUGUGCCAAUUUGAGAAGCCGUUGGAUUGGCUCACAGCCCAGCCCGUAUGCCAUGUACCAGUUCUUCACCUUCCCGGAUCACGACACGCCCAUAACCCCAGAAAGCAACCACCCCAACUUUGAAGAUGUGAAGAAGUUUACUCUGCACAUCACUCCCGAGUUGCACCAUUAUUUGCUUGUGGAGAGUUUGUGUGUCUAUGUGUUUGACGAUGAGGAAGAGGAACCUGGAAGCUACUUGGGCAAAGCCCAGAUCCCACUGGUACCGUUAGCGCAUGGGCAUGGCAUCAAAGGAGAUUUUGACCUCAUGGAUCCUACGGGGAAGCCCAAUGGCUCCAUCCACCUCAGCCUAGAAUGGAAAGCCCUUUAUAUCCCUCCUGAAGAUGUUCGCUACAAGGCCAUCCAAGCACGUUCCUUGGAGAUGCAGAUUGCUGAUGAGCAAAACCUGUUGCACAGACAGGUGACUGAAAAACACCUUCAGAAAAGCAGAAGGAUAAAAAAUGAGCUGGAACUCCUUUCGGCCCAAGUGAUUCCAACACGAGAACUCAAGCGAAGAAGGAUAAAGAAGAAAGUGGUCAAAACUAUCCCCAAGAUGGAGGUGGAAGAGAAAAUAGAGGAGGAGGAGGAGGAGCAAGCAACACCGAAUGUUGAAGAGACAGCAAAGAUGGCCGAACACCGAGAACUGGAUGAAGAAUCGAUUCUAGAGUCUGGGCUAAAGGACACUGAUGGGGAGGAACAAGAGACGAGUGAAUCUCAGACCACAGAAAGUGACGAGGUGGUGGUGGGGUUACCCACACUGCAGGGGUAUCCUGAUCUGCAACCUUCAUUGGUUCGGGUGGAGGUCAUUUCCCUUGGCCUCUUGCCCGAAAGCUGGCCUGCGGCCGAUGAGACCAUCCAGCAACUGUACAUCGAGUUCCACUUCCCCGGAGUGCCUCUGGAGGAAACGGAGACCGCAUUCUCCUUGCGGAAGCCCAGGGGGACCGAGGAAAUCUAUUUCCACUUCAGCAAGGUGAUCAAACUGGAUGCAGAUCCCGGAAGUUUUCAGAGGCAAAUGCUGCUUUCCAUGCUUGUGGCUGAGGAUCCCGAAUGGAACAAGCUGCAGUUUAUAGUGGUGAGUGAGCCACUUCCUGGGGCCAGCGGGGAAUGCGAAGACGUGGGUUUCUCCAGCGUGGACUUGCGAGAGAUUCUUCUGACUGGAAACGACAUCAUUGAGCAAGACUUACAAGUUUUGAGUUCUUUAGACCACGUCACCAAGAUUGGGAACCUGAAAGUCUCUGUCGAAGCGGCGGCUGCGCUGUGCACCAUCUACCGUACUGGGGAAUGGCCAGCAGGCGAAACCGAAGAGGGAUGA